AUGACCACUAGACAUCUGAUAUCACAUACAACUCCGAAUGGUAAACCAGAGACACCUCAAGAGAGACAAGACAGGUUUCUACUAGAAGUCGAUGCAAAACACGCGUACGCCAAUGACAAGGACGAUGCAACUAAACGGUUUCAGUACUUGCUAGGAUUAAGUGCUAUUUUCCGAAAAUUCAUUGAUUUGAAUGCAUCAAAGGAUCCAGAGUUUAAAAAAAGAGUGAGAGAAAUUGAUAAUAAACGAUCAUUUAAAGAGUCGGGAAAAAAGAAGAAAAGCAACAGCAGACGUCGGAAAACUGAAAAAGAGGAAGAUGCAGAGUUAUUGCAAGAUGAAGAGCAUCAGGACGAUGAAGAAAAUCAGCAUACUGUGUUUACUGAAUCACCAUCAUAUGUCAAUGAAGGUACGUUGCGAGAAUAUCAAGUUCAGGGUUUGAAUUGGUUGAUUUCCUUGUACGAAAAUCGUUUGAGUGGAAUUUUGGCUGAUGAAAUGGGAUUGGGUAAAACCUUGCAAACAAUAUCAUUCUUGGGAUAUCUUCGAUAUGUCAAACAUAUUGAUGGACCAUUUAUAAUCAUAGUGCCUAAAUCAACGCUAGACAAUUGGAGAAGAGAAUUUGCCAAAUGGACACCUGAUGUUAAUGUUGUCGUAUUGCAAGGAGAUAAAGAGCAAAGAGCCAGCAUUAUUAAAGAUAGAUUAUACACGGCAGACUUUGAUGUUUUGAUUACUUCAUUUGAAAUGGUGUUGCGAGAAAAAAGUGCAUUGAAAAAAUUUAGAUGGGAAUAUAUUGUCGUUGAUGAAGCCCACAGGAUUAAAAAUGAACAAAGUUCACUUUCACAAAUCAUUCGAUUAUUUUAUUCCAGAAAUAGGUUAUUAAUCACCGGUACACCUUUGCAAAAUAACCUUCAUGAACUUUGGGCAUUGCUUAACUUUCUUUUACCUGAUGUGUUUGGAGACUCUGAACAGUUUGAUGAAACUUUUGAUCAACAAAAUAGUGAUUUGGAUGAGAAGGCAAAAGCUGAAGAACAGGACAAGGUUAUUCAAGAAUUGCAUCAACUUUUGAGCCCAUUUUUGCUUCGUCGUGUAAAGUCAGAUGUUGAAAAAUCGUUGUUACCUAAAAUUGAAACAAAUAUAUACACAGGUAUGACCGAUAUGCAAGUAUCGUGGUAUAGAAACUUGUUGGAAAAGGACAUAGAUGCAGUCAAUGGAGUUGUCGGGAAAAGGGAGGGGAAAACAAGACUCUUGAAUAUUGUCAUGCAAUUGAGGAAAUGCUGUAAUCAUCCGUACUUGUUUGAUGGAGCCGAGCCUGGACCACCCUACACAACUGAUGAACACUUGAUUUACAAUUCUGGGAAAAUGAUUAUUUUAGACAAGAUGUUGAAAAAGUUUAAACAGGAGGGGAGUCGUGUAUUGAUUUUUUCACAAAUGUCUCGAGUUUUGGAUAUUCUCGAAGAUUAUUGCUAUUUCCGAGAGUACGAAUAUUGCCGUAUUGAUGGUUCGACGGCCCAUGAAGACCGUAUUGAAGCGAUUGAUGAGUACAAUGCCCCUGAUUCCGAUAAAUUUAUAUUUUUGUUAACGACUAGGGCUGGUGGAUUGGGUAUCAAUUUAACUUCGGCCGAUGUGGUUAUUCUUUACGAUUCAGAUUGGAACCCUCAAGCUGAUCUUCAAGCCAUGGAUAGAGCACAUAGAAUUGGACAAAAGAAGCAGGUCAAGGUUUACCGAUUUGUUACUGAAAAUGCCAUUGAGGAAAAAGUCUUGGAACGAGCAGCGCAAAAAUUACGUUUAGAUCAACUAGUUAUUCAACAAGGAAGACAAACCAACGCAGGAGCCAAUGUGGGUGGCUCCAAGGAUGAUCUUAUUGAAAUGAUUCAACAUGGUGCACAAAAGGUAUUUGAAGAUCAAAAGAGUACCGUCCUCGAUGAUGACAUUGAAUCCAUUUUGGCACGAGGCGCAGAAAAGACUAAAACCAUGAAUGAGAAAUUCAACAAGUUGGGGUUGGAGGAUUUACAAAAUUUUACAUCUGACGGAUCAGCUUACCAAUGGAAUGGAAAAGAUUUUACCAAGAAGGAAAAUUCGGGCGGUCUUGGUUUCAAUUGGAUUAAUCCAUCAAAGAGAGUCAGAAAGGAACAGACUUAUUCUGUGGACAAUUACUAUAAAGAUGUAUUGAAACAACCAUUGACUGUCAAGGAGAAGCCUCAAAAGCAAACGAUUAUAAAACCAAAAGCUCCUAAAGCUUACACUUUUCAGGACCAUCAAUUUGCUCCACCUGGUUUGGAAGGGUUGUUGGAAAGAGAGCAGCUAAGUUUCAAAAAGGAGACAAGUUUCCAAUACUCGGUUGAUGAUUUUGGUGAUAGUGAUGAAGAAUUCCUUGUUGAUGAGGAUAAAGAUGAAUUAAAUCGUGAAGAGAAGCGUAAAUUGGAACAAGAAAAAAUUGACAAUGUGGUGCCCUUGACCGAAGACGAAAUUCAAUUAAAAGACAAACUAUUAGCUGAGAGUUUCCAUACUUGGUCGCGACGUGAUUUCACCAACUUCAUUCACGCAACUGCCAAGUAUGGCCGUGAUGCAUAUACCCGCAUUGCCAAAGCAUUAGGCAACAAGACCAAAAAUGAUGUGAAGCGGUAUGCAUUAAACUUCUGGCUCAAGCAUCAACAAAUUGACGGGCACGAAAAAUACAUAUCUCAAAUUGAAGCUCAGGAAAAGAAGCGUGACAAGUUAAUGAACCAACAACGUUUAUUAGCGGCCAAGAUUGAAAACCUCACUGAUCCAUUUGAAGAUUUGCCCAUUGUGUACCCGCCCAACAACUCGAAACGAAUUUAUUCGAAAACAGAGGAUAAAUUCUUGCUCAAUUGUGUCUACAAAUUCGGCAUCACUGACGAACGAUUAAAUGACAAGAUUAAACAAGAAAUUCAAAACUCGGAUACUUUUAAAUUCGACUGGUUUAUUCAAUCACGAACCAGUCAGGAAAUUGGCCGUAGGGUCAAUACUUUACUUUUGGCAAUCACGAGGGAAGUUGAAGGGCCCAUGAAUAAAAAGAGGAAGUUGUUGAGUUCGUCGAAUAAUAGUAAUAGCAGUUCAAGAGUGGGGUCGGUUGAACCUAUCAAUGGGUCGGAUAAAGCACUACUGGAAACUCCAGCCAAGUGA